AUGAAUCACCUUCUCAAGCAUCCCAAAAAAUUUCUCUAUCCGUCGGUGGACCUCUACGCCGAAGAGAUAUUCUCCGGCUUUCACCAUCCUUCGCCGUCGUUGCCGGCCAGUCUCUAUCCUGCGUCGUCUUCACAUGUUGAAUGGCCACCACAUUGCUCGUUUUGUGCCAGUAGAUGGAGAGGGAAGUAUCUAAGCAGCAGCGAAAUUGAAGAUUUGAUGAAGAAGAAAGUGAGUCGGCUUGAUGGUGCACACCUCGAGUUCUUGAGAGGUGUUACUAAUCCUCUUGGAAUCAAGAACUUGGACGAAAAGAAGGAGAAAGAGGAACUUAGUAGAAGAGGCAGCAAAGAGAUGUGUGCUUUGCUGAGGUCACUUGAGACAGUGAGCUGA